UUACGCGGCCUUUGAAACGAAGAAGGGAGAAAAACGACCACCACCACCACCACUGGGAGCAGACGGCACAGCCACACUCACACUCGGCACCGCACCGCGACGACGCCCACGCCCGCCAGCACCACUGUCGCGGCGCUGCCCUCGGCCCCGGCCCCCCCGGCCGCGACCACCCUGAGCCGCCUGGUGUGCCGCGCGACACGAGUUGUAGGAGUCCUGACCAUCCCAAAAGGACAAAGGAAAAAGGAGUGUGAAAUCCCGAAUUGCCCUCCCCUCCCCUCCCACCCCACCAUGUGCUGUGUCCCUCCCUCCCUCCCUUGUAUUGGUCCACUGAGUCUGACGGCUCAUCCGUCCUCCGGAUCUGCAGCACCCAUCCAUCCAUCCAUCCUCAUUGUUGCAGCAUCCACGGACGGCUGAUGUGUGUGCCCGCUUACCCGAUGGUUGCCGCCGCCGCAGCCACCGCCGCCGCCCUUGUUACCACCUGGCCCGCGGCUGCCUUGGUCCCCUCGCGCGCCACUGGCCAU